UGACAGGGGUUUGAUUUGAGCAUGAAGACUCCAUUCAGCAGCGAGCACCUCAUCAGGUAAGACUGCGGCUUCACCUGGAUCUGCUCACCUGAUCGCUGAUUCGGGUGUUAAACACACAGGGCGUCACCAUGGUAACCGUGUCACUCCUGUUCCUCCUGCUCUCAGCCUUUUCUCCUCCAGUCCGCAGCCGCCUCACUGCCUUCCAUUUCAUUCCGCGUAAUAUGACUUGGACUGAGGCUCAGACAGCAUGCAGAGAGAGUUACACCGACCUCGUCACUGUGUACUCUGAUGAAGACAACACUGAACUGGAAACUAUGAUGAACAACACUAAUAUCAGUGAUGGAUGGAUCGGUCUCCAUCGUUGUAAGGACAGUGGGAACAGUGGGUGCAGUGAGAAAUGGUCGAAUGGUGAUGCUGUAACAUUUAGAAACCUGACAGGGAAUUGUGGAACAUCGAACUGCUGUGCUGCUAUGAAGGCUGAUGGUGCGUGGGAUUGGCUUCAGUGCAACGGGAUAAAACAUUUCAUGUGCUAUAGACAAGAUGCUUCUUCAAAGGUUCCUAAGUAUCAUCUAAUCCUUGAGAGUAAGACGUGGUAUGAAGCUCAGCGUUACUGCAGGAGGAACUACACUGACCUGGUCAGCAUCAGAAACGAGCAGCAAAAUGAGGAGGUGAAGACUGAAGGGUCAAAGAGCAACACGCCCUUCUGGAUCGGUCUGCUGUGUGAUGACUGGCAUUGGAGUGAUGAAGGAAAACCUGCUUGUGGAAACCGGGAGACGGGUCAACAUCAGAACCCGAAUGAGUGUAUAAAACUGAGAGAAGGGAAAUGGCAUUCAGCACAGUGUGAUAAUACACACUAUGCUCUGUGCUACAGCACUUUCAUCCAUGUGAGUAAUGUGUCUCUGAACUGGGAGAAAGCGCUGGAUUACUGCUAUCAAGAGAACAGGGCUGGACUUCUGAAGAUCGAAUCUGCCGCUGAACAGAAAGAGGUGGAGUUUGAGCUCAGGAAGAAGGGUAUCUCUGCGCCUGUGUGGGUGGGGCUUAGACAGAGCCGACUCUUUGGGUUCUGGAUGUGGCCCAAUGGGAACGCCGUGUUUCCGUACUCCAACUGGGAUGAAGGGAAACAGCCCGAGCAUCAGCUCUCUCAGCACUGCGGCGCCAUCGAGCCACAGAACGAGUACAGAUGGAGGGAUAUGAACUGUCUGUCUCACUACACAGCUCUGUGUCACAUCAAAUGUUCUGCAUGACACACACACACGGUUCUUUUGAAUUCUCUCUCCGUUUAUGAAGAUGUGAUUAUUAAUAGAUGUUAUUUUACUAUACGUUAAUUUCCUGUUAUUGGUUCAGAUCUCGUCGCUGUGGUUUGGGGGUUUGCUUUAGACUGAAUGUUGAUUUAAAAAGUACCGACACGUUAUCUCUCUGAAGUGUCCUGUCCAUUUCUUCUGAAUGAAACUGGAUAUAUUUUAUACGUUUUCUCAGUAACGAUGCACAACGCGUACUGUAGUGUAACUGCUCCUAAUAAAGGCUCUGCCAAAGAC